CCGCAGGCAACUCUUCCCAGCUCUUCUUCCAGGGACUUCUCAAACUGAAAGGCGUCGCUUCCUUCCAGAUUGAAUUUCUGGUGCUUCUGCAAGUUGGUGCAGCUGAUUGGUAUGAGACUGGACUCCUGCAAACCACAUUUGGUCUUCCACUUUGUGGGAAGGGGUUCCUGGGGGUGUUUGGUGCAAACACAUUAAUAAUUUUGAAAAUGUUCUGGGGACCCACAGGCUGAGAAAGGCUGCUCUCAGACAUAGCUACUGUUCAGCUCCAGUUCUAGGAACUGGUUUUACAAGUUCUCCAGUAUAAUUUUUCAAGACAUAUUGGUGCAGAGGUUAGGAGACAAGGAAAAUGAGUACAAACAGCACCCUCUUGGAUCGGAUUGUUUUCUACCCAAUUUUAUGUGAGGGAUGGAAGCAGAAUAUGGAAGGAGCGAUCUAUCACCUUGCUGGCUUCCUCCUCCUCUUGGGAUUCAUGGGAGGAAGUGGAAUGGUUGGCUCCAUCUUCAUCUUUGGCGUCUUGACCGCUGGUUUCUUCUGCGCUGCGCUCUGGGGCUGGCUAGAUGCUUGUGGACUGGACAUCUUCAUCUGGAACAUGCUCUUAGUUCUGAUCUGUCUCCUUCAGUUGGCUCACCUAGUUUACCAACUCCGUCAACACGCCUUCCCGGAAGAAUUCGACAUGCUCUACAAGCAACUGUGCCAGCCUCUGCAAGUGCCACCUCAGGUCUACAAAGAAAUCGUCAAGUGUUGUGAGGAGCAGGUUUUGCCCCUGGCCAAAGACCAGAACUAUGCUGUGGAGGGCAAGACGUCAAUUGAUCGUCUGUCAUUCUUGUUGUCUGGCAGGGUUAGAGUGAGCCAGGACGGACAAUUUCUACAUUAUGUCUUCCCAUAUCAGUUCCUGGAUUCCCCUGAGUGGGAAUCACUGCCUCCUUCUGAAGAGGGAACAUUUCAGGUAACGCUGACAGCAGAGACUGACUGUAGCUUCAUCACUUGGCAAAGGAAGGACCUGUACUUGCUCCUGGCCAAAGAGCGCUAUAUCGCCCGCCUCUUCUCAGUCCUCCUCGGCUUUGACAUCUCAGAGAAACUGUAUGCCCUGAAUGAGAAGCUUUUUGCUAAAUUUGGCUUGCGGUUUGACAUCCGCCUUCCCAGCCUCUACCACGUCCUGGGACCUGCCUCUUCUGACAUGGAACUGGAGAAAGAACCAGAGGAGACCGAGGGUCCAGCAGCGCCCUCGGGCCACUUGCCCACCUUUGUCCAGACAGCUCCUGCGGCCCCUUGCACUGUGUCUCCUCCUGCCCCUCCUGCCCAUCUCAGGAGACCUCGGCCUGACAGUGACCUGUCUGGUGAGGAUUCUACCAGUCUUGUAUUGGAAGAUUUUGCUGAGUUGACAGGGUCCUUUAUGGACUAUUUGAGCGAAGGGGAAUAUAUGAAUGAGGAGGCCGAAGCAACUGCUUGCUUGGCAGCAGCCUUAAAUAUCAGACUCAAGGACAUGGCGUGUCGCCUGUCCAUGUUCUGCUCCCAAGCCACCAUUCCUUGGGUCUUGGCCAAGGAGAUUCCUGGACCCAGGGAGGCCUCCAGGAGGACAGUAUUGCAGCAGAAGUUCGGACAGUGUAGUGACUUUUUUUUACACUCGAUGCAAAGGUCUGAGGUAGCCACCUCUCCUCUCUCCUUCCCUCUGCAGGUAACGCUGACAGCAGAGACUGACUGUAGCUUCAUCACUUGGCAAAGGAAGGACCUGUACUUGCUCCUGGCCAAAGAGCGCUAUAUCGCCCGCCUCUUCUCAGUCCUCCUCGGCUUUGACAUCUCAGAGAAACUGUAUGCCCUGAAUGAGAAGCUUUUUGCUAAAUUUGGCUUGCGGUUUGACAUCCGCCUUCCCAGCCUCUACCACGUCCUGGGACCUGCCUCUUCUGACAUGGAACUGGAGAAAGAACCAGAGGAGACCGAGGGUCCAGCAGCGCCCUCGGGCCACUUGCCCACCUUUGUCCAGACAGCUCCUGCGGCCCCUUGCACUGUGUCUCCUCCUGCCCCUCCUGCCCAUCUCAGGAGACCUCGGCCUGACAGUGACCUGUCUGCUUCUGGAAGCUUCCUGAGGAGUAAUCACCAGGCCUCUGCAGAAAGACGAGCCCCUCUGGCUCCUACGCAGACCCCAGAACUCUAGAAAGAGUUUGGACUCUCAAAGAACCGCACAUCACCAGAUGGUCACUCACGGCUGAUCAUAAUGGUGCUCAUUACUUGUGUGUCGACACGUGGAUUGCACCAGCACCAGCAUGGCGCACUUGGAAGUGCAUGCAUGAGACUGAAGUGUGAUGUUGGAACACUUCCCACAGAUUGUUGACCUGCAGUGGCACCAGGCUAUUUCUGAUUGUAUUCUUGAACACUUGCCAUAUGGUUCUGCUGUGAGGUGCAUUAAACGUCUUGGAAAUGGUAUCUAUA